AUGACUUGCGUGCAAGAAAGAAUUGGAAACGAAUUACUAGAAGAAGACGAGCAGGCUAUGUUAAACCAGGCUAUUGCACUCUCCUUAAUGAAAAAUAGUGAUAUUGAAGACAGUCCACAUCAGUCCCAGUCCAUUCCAACUCAAGCACUUACGCUUUUCUUGAGAAAAAACGACAAUACAAACGACGCCGAAGAUCUGUAUGAGAACUUCGAAUCUAUUCCACGUUCAAUGUCAUUUGCAACGACAUUAUCUCAAGGGUCAACGUUAUCUGGCUCAGAUCUUUAUACUGAUAUAGACAACGAGAGGACGAGACAACGAGUAUAUACUCGUCGAAGAUAUCCGCAUUCGUUUAACGAUCUUCUGGAAGAUAUAUGCAGUUAUCUUUAUUUUCUUAUCAAAGCUACCUGUCUUUCAAUUGUUUUGGUAAUUCUAUCGUUAAUAGUAAUCACGGUAGUCCAAUUUACGACAGCAUUUCUAUAUGCUGUUAACGCUGAGCUUGAAAGCAUAGCAACAGAAGUCGAAUUACAAAUACUAAAAUGUCAACAAGAAUAUGCAAUAAAUCAAUGCGAUCCAGAGAGUCGAGUGCCAUUCUUGGAAGAGAAUUGUACAUUUUGGGCAAAAUGUAGUAAACAAGAUCCGUACAAUGUAGUGACUAGAGCAGAAGUGAUUGCUGGACUGAUUGCACGUCUAAUUUCUGCUUUUGUUA